AUGUCGUUGGUCUUGAGCGGCAAGUCUCCGAACUUAAACAACACCCUUUCCACUGCAGAUGAAGAAACUAUCAAACGGGUUGAAGAGGUCGCCCAGAGGAAAGGCUUCAGUAUGGCCAAAGUUGCGUUGUCAUGGGUCGCUGCAAAGACUGUCAGCCCGGUUGUCGGGAUAUCGUCGGAACAGCGGAUCGAGGAGAAUGUGGUUGAUGGUAUCGAGUUGACGGAAGAGGAGAUGAAGUAUCUGGAGGAACCGUAUGUGCCCAAGGUAGUCAGAGGACACAAGUCCCUGCAUCAAGUCUACCGUAAAGUGAUAGCCGUACUAGUUGUGGUGGUUACCGGGUUGGAUGUGCUAGUGGAGGUAGUAGAAUCCAAAGCGCCGUUGGCGGGCAUGCUUGUGCUGGAGGUGAUGAUGAGGGAGGUAUCCGCGCUACCACCGUUUGAGGAAGAAGAACCCGAGGGCCCUCCACCACCACCACCACCACCACUGAGCGACCCAACACCCCGUGGAAUCUCUGCUCCAUCCGGUUAA